AUGGAUUCAAAGAAGGAUUCGAUUUCUAAAAAAGAAUACGAUUUUUUUAUUGAUGAAGAAAGUCCGACACCAACAGAAUUUUUUAAAAAGUUCAAUUGCACGUCGAAGAAAACGGCUGUCUCAAUUUGGUAUUCCGCUCUUAAGGAGAUCCUCACAGUUCAUGAUGAUCUCAAACUUGUUAAUAUUAAGCAAAACUAUGAAAAUGGUAAAUACAAACAAGCCAUUGAAGAUUAUUUUAAAACAAGCGUUCUUGAGAAGGAAAAGAUGUAUGUUGAUAAGACAUUAACAAAAAAAACAAGUAAAGCAAUCCAAAGGCGCAUAAGUGAUCUCCUUCCGGAGGAAACUGAUGAUCAAGUUCGCUCGAAAAAACCUCGUCUCCUAAAGGAAUCGCAACAGAAUGAUAAUUCGAUAUUAGAUUCGAAAAUAAGUCAGUCUUAUGAAGAUUCUGAAUAUUAUGAUACCAGGAAACGGCAUAAUAUUUAUUCGUGGGAAGAUGUAAUUGAUAAGGUUGAUUUCAGAGACACUUCUAAAGAGGAUUGGAUUGUUGAAAGUUACAAUCUCUCUAAUGAGUUUCGGAACUUUCAACAGCUAACAAUUCGACAAGUCAAAGAAAACCCGUAUUUAUGUUAUAAACAAGACAUUCAAAAAAUUCUUUGUCUUUCAAAUAUAAUGCUCAUCGAACAUACAAAACCUUCGUAUAUCACUGUCACUUCAGCAAUUUGGGACGAAAUCUUUCGAAGACAAUUACCUUCAAGACUGUUACCAGUAGUGAAUGAUAUGGCUUUUGAGUAUUCUUGCAUGUUGAAUUCUUUUGCAUCAUUGAGUGAAAUUCAGGAAGUAUGGUGUCAUAAUUUUUUCAAAGCUGUGGAAUUGAAUAAUCAAGACAUGGACAAAUUUUGUCAGGCUCAAAUCAUUUUUCAAAACUUUUUAUGGCUGAGUUCGAAAGUCGUGAAUACCAAUAAUGAGGACACCUUUGUCCAUGAAGCUUUGUACGACCUAUUUAGAGAGAUUUUCCGCGAUUCAAUGUUUGAGUUGAUAUGGGCAAACAGCGAAAGUUUCGUUUCAAAAAAUUGUUGUUCUAGCAGUUCUAGCGAUAAGGAAAAUUCUCGAGAUUUUGUCAAGCUUUCCAAUUUCCAAACAAAUGCCUUAGACGAAUUAGUCGAGAGAUAUGGAAACAAGAUUGGAUUAGUUUCUUUCGGUAUUUGGGUUUGCGGCGCACGUAUUCGCAUCUAUGAGAUGGAUAUAACUCAUGACGGAAUUUAUAGAAUGUUCUUAACAGCAAAUGUACUCGCCCCAACGGAACAGGCACGAUUUUUAUGUUUGGUAACAGUGUUAGAAGCAUUAUAUAAUGUCAAACACCGUAUUUCCGAAACAUUCAAAGUAAUUGCUUCUAGCACGCCACGUUCUACUUCACCUAAACCUGUCAAGAUUACGAUUAUUGGCCUAUCAAAAUAA